GAUAGAGGGCGGCGGUGCCCCGAGCUGCCGGCCCCGCGGGGCUCCCGGCGCUGCACGCACACACACACACACGCUCGCACACGUAGAGCCGCUGCCCCGGGGGGCUCACGGGCACACGCACACACACACGGUGCACACCAGCCCCGUUGUGCACCGGCACCGUCUCGGCAACGCUUCCCCACCCGCAGCGGGGACCCCUCCGUGCGCACCCUGGACGCACCGGGACACCCCCCCCUCGUGGGCACCCCAGGGUGGGCUGCGUGGGGAGGGGUGGGGAUGGAAAGGGCAAAGCGGUGGAGAGGGGUCUGUGCCGUGAAGGGUGCGGGAUGUGUCCCAGGGAUGUGUCCCAUGGGGUGCUUGGCUGUGCGCCCCACAACCGUCUGGCCCUGCAUGGGGACACGGGGCAGAGGUGGGCUGGGGAUGGGGGCUGCAGCAGGGAGGGCUCCAGCCCAGCCACCUGCUGAGAGCCCCUUCUAGGGCCAAACCUGACCCCAAAUCCCCAGGGAAGCAUUCAGGGCUUGGCCCAGGCUUUGAGCCAGGUGUGGGGUGCUCCAGCUUCGGAUGGUGCCAGCCAGGAGAGGUGGCUGCAGUCCUGCAGCCCCCAGCUCCCCGCCACCCCAGUCUCUCGCCGCAGUUAUCCCAUUUUUCCCAGAGCACUCGUGUUGCCGAACACGCUCCGCUUCUCUUUGACCUGAAACUGGAUCCGUGCCCGAGCCCCAGCAGUGACCUGCUGGCAGGAGCACGCUUUCAGCCCGUUUGUUAAUAAGACAUGUGCUAUUUCUGCUUCUGGAGCCGUGCCUGGAGAUGGUGGUGCGGACGUAAAUCCCGAGUGAUAGCGGGUGGGCUGCUGAGAGCUGCCGGGAAGAUUUGUCCAUCACGUUGCCAUCCCCUUCAGCACAUUCACAUGCCUUCAGCGUCUUCAGCAGCUCGUGUGCGAUCGCAGCCAGUUGAUGUGUGGAUGCCACUGCCAGCACCGGGUGUGCUGCUCCUCUGCUGCUGUUUGCUCUGCCAGCUCCGACCCACAGCUCCAGCUCUCCUCGAGGCCCUGACGGACAUUUUCCCUUGGAGCUUCACACCCUCUGCUCACCUGCUCUCCCCUCGUGCCCCAGGACCUUCCUCUGCUUCACCUGCAAGACAAGGGAAAAAAAGAAAAGCCCAGGAAAAGUGGCAGCAGAGGUGACCUGCGAGCCUCAGCCCCGACACCAUGUUCUACAUGCAUUUGCUCGUGAACAAGCGUGGGCCGUUGGCCAAAAUAUGGCUUGCCGCCCACUGGGAGAAGAAGCUGACCAAAGCUCAUAUAUUCGAGUGUAAUUUAGAGACUACCGUUGAAAACAUCAUCUCACCAAAGUUUACAAUAGCUCUGCGCACCUCUGGACACUUACUCUUAGGAGUGGUGCGGAUUUACCACAGGAAAGCAAAGUACCUCUUGGCAGACUGUACUGAAGCUUUGACAAAAAUGAAGACAGCUUUUCGCCCAGGACUUGUUGACCUUCCAGAAGAGAGCUUUGAAGCUGCUUAUCAGUCCAUUACAUUACCUGAAGAAUUUCAUGAUUUUGAUACUCCACUACCUGAUUUAAAUGCCAUUGAUGUUGCAGAACAUUUUACCUUGAAUCGGAGCAGAGCUGAAGACAUCACGCUUACAGAGGAUUACGAAAGCAACAUACUUCUCUGGGACAGAAACUUUGAUGAGGAACCAGAAACACUAAGAAAACAGAGCUCCUUUGAUGGCAGCUUCUUAAUGAGCAGCAACAAUCUCAUGGCUGAUCAUACCUCUGCGAGCAUAAAUGGAGACAAGUCUGCACUGCAUGAAGAUGUUUACUGUUUUGAGCAGGAUUGUUUUGGAGAUGAGGAGGCUGGUGCAGAUAUGAUUGAAAUCCUGCUGAGGGAUGAGCAAAAUGGCCUAAUUAAUGACAUUCUUGAUAUGGAGGAGGAACUUCCUUCACCACAAGAUCUUCCAGAGAAUACCACAGCCUUUGAAUCCAACUGCGAAGACACUGCGAUUCAGACAGAAAGCCAUCUAAUGAACGAAACAAUACUUUUGUCUAAAGAAGAUGAAGGAUUUGUGCUUGCACCAGUUGAUUAUACAGCUUUCAACCAGAGGAAAAAAAAAAAAAGAAAGAGGAAGUUGUUGGUGGAUGCAGACAAGGAGCUCAGCUGCAGUGUUAUAUACAACCAACUUAACAACUACGUAGACAUCCUUGCUACGUUAGACCUUGCACCCCCAACAAAAAAGACAAUGGCAUGGAAAGAAUCAGGAGGAGCGGACACACUCCUGUCCAACCCUACACAGUCUGUGGUUCAUGCUGAGCUACAAAUGUUUUUUGCAACAUGCUUUGAGAGUCGUGGAUUUAAGAUGGCAAGAAAUGUAAUGCAGGUGGAGUCUGAAAUGGAAGAAACAAGAAAAGAACAAGAUACCUCAGAAAUGCUGAUAAUAGAAGAACCAAGUUCCCUGCAGCAGUCAGCUCAUUCAGAGACUGAGAGAAAAAUUAGAAAUGAUUCAUUUGUAAUGACAUCACAGAGUAACAGAAAUGAAACUGAUAAUAACUUUGGCGAAAUUCUACAGGAUGCAACGGCUUUAUCUGAGAGCUCCUCAUUUGUGAAUAAUUCACUGGGCCAGGAAGCUCCGACACAGCAAGCUGAGUUAAAUGAUCUAGCAAUGAAAAACAAAAACAAAGAAGAAAUUAAGCAGAGCAAAAGAACUCUUCAGUUCUUAAAAACUUUACAGCACCUGAACAAAUCAGGAGUGAAUUCCUUCAGCUUACGGGAGCUCUGUCAGAAAAAUAACCGGAAAGAAGCUGCGGCCAAGUUCUACAUCUUCCUCGUUCUGAAGAAACAGCUCGUUAUCGAGCUCGCUCAGAGCGCUCCAUUCGCAGACAUUACAGCCACUGCCGGCCGAAUGUUCAAUGCUUACUGAAAUCACACAGUGUUCAGAUAAGCUAACAGAAAUACGUUUUUUUUUUUAGAAAAUACUUUUCGUGAUGAAAAAAUUAAAGUCCUGUCAAACCACGGUGAACUCAGCAGAGCUUCCCCUCAUUUAUGUGACCUCUCAGGACUGCAAAAUAACUAGCUUGGGCAGGCGUGCUGCUGCAGCAUUGGGUACCCAGGUGGUCACUAGAACCUUUACUCUUACAUACGUGUUUCUAAAAUGAGCAGUUACUUACUGUUAAUAUUAGAUAGCAAAAAUACGUAUUCCACAUAAGACAUCUACAUUAUGAAGGGCUUCAUGGAAGUUCUUUAAAGCCUUUCUUAGAGUCCGGCUUUGGAAACUAAAUUAUUUUUUUUGCAGGGCUCAUGUGUGUUAAUUGUCUUACUCCAUCAGUAAGAGAAAAGAAAUCUGUCAAACUAUAUUUAUCAAAAUCUUUAGUCUAUUUAAAAUUAUUUAUUUCAAAUAAAUAACUUAUUUCAAAGAAUGUUCAGUCUUUGAUAUUUUGAUAUUUUAAGGUCUAACAAGCUACUGUCUCCAGCAUUAUCUUCAUGUCUUGAAAUAGACAACUAUGUUGUCCUUGAAGUCAUGCAAGCAUCAGGAAGAAAUCCUACUUCCUAGAAAUCCUGCAAUUUUGGAUUUUGUGGAGCAAAUUUACAUAAAGACUAACAGUUUUAUUUAUGUGUAGAUAGACCUAUUUAAAAAAAGAUGUUGAACUGAAAUAUUAUUAAUCCUUGGCAUUUUAAUCUAAUUUAUGGGGAGUUUUAACACCUUUACUGUCAUUUUGUAAAGAUAACAUUUUUCCUGUGGUGAAGGCAGGUUAACGGAGCCUGCUCAGCAUGGAAUGCUUUGUACGUUCGGUGCUCCACGCAAAGUGUCACAGUGCUUUGGGUAUGUUGACGUCUCUUUAUAUGAAAUCAAUAAAAAUCAAACAAAGA